UAUAUAUCCUGUAUCUAUAUCUAUUUUGUAUUCGUAUAUAUAUACAAACACGACACACAUAUAUAUAGAGAGAGAAAGGGACGCAGUUAAGUUAGCAAACACAGUCGCCGUAAAAUCCGGUUCUUAUCGCCGGCGAGUUCACGCCAGCUGCUGCUGCUGUUUCUCAGAUUACCAGUUUUAUUUCUACUUUACUAAUACUGGCGAAUCUAUCUCACAGUUUGGCAUGAGAACAUAUAGAGACAAGUUUUGUCGAUGAGAGAAUCCAAAGAAUGGAGGAAUCUAUUGAGGCAAAGACAAGUCUUUUUUGAUACGGGAAGUUGCAGAUUAGGGAUGAAACCUUUUCUAGGAUUCAUUUGUACCAUAAUGUUAUACAUUGUAUAUAGAACGACUAAUUAUCAGUAUUUGCAGACUGAGCUGGACUCAAAGUUAUAUCGGUUCUACACGUCAAAGGAAUCUGUGGUAGCUUCCACAAGCUUAAAGGGUUUACCUCGCGGUAUCAUUGAAGAUAAGUCUGACUUGGAAUUAAAACCAUUAUGGUCAACUAGUAGCUCGCAGUCAAAGGCUAAUGAUUCCACCACGCAUAACUUGUUGGCAAUUCCUGUGGGUCUGAAACAGAAGCGUAAUGUUAAUACUAUUGUUCAAAAGUUUCUUCAAGAAAAUUUCACGAUUAUUUUGUUCCAUUACGAUGGAAAAAUGGACGGCUGGCGAGAUCUUGAGUGGAGCAACAAAGCCAUACAUAUUGUAGCUCAGAACCAAACAAAAUGGUGGUUUGCAAAAAGGUUUCUUCAACCAGCUUCUGUGUCCAUUUACGAUUAUAUAUUUCUCUGGGAUGAAGACCUGGGAGUACAGCAUUUUAAUCCCAGAAGAUACUUAGAUAUUGUUAAAGCAGAAGGAUUAGAGAUAUCUCAGCCGGCUUUAGAUCCAAAUUCCACUGGUAUACAUCAUCGAAUCACAGUACGCAAGAGAACAAGCAAGUUUCAUAGGAGAGUAUAUGAUAGCAGAGGCAGUGUGAAAUGUUCAGAUGCUAGUGACGGGCCACCAUGUGCUGGAUUUGUAGAAGGAAUGGCUCCAGUUUUUUCCAGGGCUGCAUGGCAUUGUGCUUGGCAUCUUAUUCAGAAUGACCUUGUUCAUGGAUGGGGAAUGGACAUUAAACUAGGGUAUUGUGCACAGGGGGACCGUUCCAAAAAGGUGGGAAUUGUAGACCGUGAGUAUGUUGUUCAUCAGGGAAUACAAUCAUUAGGGGGACCCUCUGCUAAAAAGACUCUGAAUGAUUCAGAAUUGAAAAAGAAACAUACAUUGGAUCUGCGCUCUGAGAUUAGGAGGCAAUCGACUAUGGAGCUCAAAAUGUUCAAACAACGGUGGGAAAAGGCUGCAAAGGAGGACAGAAAUUGGGUGGAUCCUUAUUUCAGAAGAAAAAGAAGACGUAAGCAAAGACCGAUUGAAAGUCUUGACACAUGAGUUUUGACCGUGCAAAUUUAAAUUCAUUUUAGCGUAGUUGAGUAUAGUGACGGUUUAUAAAGUUUUUUUUCUCUCUUUAAAGUGGCUUGUAAUUUAGUUUUUUUUAGAGGCCCAUUUGACCUCGGGUUUAUAUUUAAUUUGUUUGAACUUUUACGAUUUUUCAUGUUCGGUUUUAA